AUGGCGCGUUCUUUAGUUCUCCUUGCCCUAAGUCUGGGCGCCACAGCGCUACCCGCUUCAUCGGGGAUGAGCAACAUCAAAAACAUUGUGGUUUUGGUACAGGAAAACCUGUCCUUUGACCAUUUUGCGGGUGGUCUUGACUAUGACUCCAGCAUCGAUGGCCCGCAGAAUCCUCAGUUUUGCAAUCCCGCCAAUAUUUCUCUGCCUAACUCGGGACAGGUCUGCGCCAACCCGAUCGCAAAGAACAUCGCAUCGGACGACCCAAAUCACAGCAUUGCAGGAGGUAACAUGCAGAUAUUUGGCACCUAUCACCCGGUAGUAGGAUCUAAGUCUUCUAUGGAUGGGUUCAUCAGUGAGCAGCGUGGCUCCUACCCAAAGGACGACCUCGACCGGGCAUCUGAGGCGAUCAACUACUUUGCCCCAGAAAAUAUUCCUGUCUUCAAAACCAUCGCCCAGAACUUUGUCUUGUUUGACCGCUGGUUUGCUGCCGUUCCCGGUCCUACAAACCCCAACCGCGCCUACUUAACCUCGGGCACUUCACACGGCCAUGGCGCCAACGAUGCCGACUUCCUCAACUCUGCGCUGCCACAAAAGUCCAUCUUCGAGCAGUUAUCGGACAAGGGUAUUACAUGGAGGAACUAUGAAAACUCAACCAAGUCCGAUCCUCCAUUUUUGCCCGACGCCAUGUUCUAUGAUUGGACUGCGAAGAAUGGCAAAGACAAAAUCCUUCCGAUUUCCCAAUUUUAUACUGAUGCUCACGCUGGAAACCUCCCACAAUUCACGUGGAUCAAUCCCGAGUGCUGCUCUUACAUGUCAAUGCAUCCCCCAUCUCCAAUCAACAUGGGCGAGAACUUCGUCAAGAGCAUCUAUGAGGCUGUGCGGAACUCCCCGCAGUGGAACGAGACCCUCUUCAUUCUGAUCUGGGACGAACAUGGUGGUUUCGCAGACCACGUUCCACCCCCAACUGAAGUUCCCGCGGGCGACAGUCUGAUCUACACGGAAGACGCCCGGGAUGGCCAGCAAUACACUUUCCGGUUUGAUCGCUUAGGGGUUCGAGUUCCGACAGUUCUAAUCUCCCCCUGGGUCGCCAAGGGCUUAGUCCAACAUCAAUCAAGCGAGGGGAACGAGUUUACGCACACUUCCAUCCUCAAAUUUGUCUCCGAGCUUUGGGAAUUAGAUACUCUUUCUCCGCGUGUGGAUUGGUCGCCCUCCUUUGGGAACUUGAUCACAAACAGCUUUCGAAGCGAUACUCCCGAGAAAUUGCCAGAUGCGGCAAAUUUCUGA